AGGGCCGGGAGGCGUGGGGAAGCCGGGCCCUCGUCUGAGGAACGUGUCCCGGGGCCGACCCGGCCAAUAGUGUGGAAGCAGCUUCAGUUUACACACCUGCAAGUUGCCUGGGUCGUGAGGCUUGCCGGUAGCCCCUUUUUCCAUUCGGCUCUUCACGCCUGCCUUUAACUGUUGGGUGUGCCAGACUGCACUCCUACUUCUCUGCACCUCCUGAUCUGGCUCUGGCUAUCAGUGCUUACAAAGAUUCCCACUGUGAUCCCUUACUCUGGAUAGGUAGGUGAGCUCGUGAAACAAUAUGAAGAGGAGAAAAUAGCCUUUUAAGGAAAUUGGCCCACAGAAAGGAUGGCCUUCUUGGACAAUCCAACUAUCAUUCUAGCUCAUAUUCGACAGUCACAUGUGACCAGUGAUGACACGGGAAUGUGUGAGAUGGUUCUCAUUGAUCAUGAUGUUGACCUAGAGAAGAUUCAUCUUCCUUCAAUGCCUGGAGACAGUGGGUCAGAAAUUCAGGGAAGCAAUGGUGAGACUCAGGGCUAUGUGUAUGCCCAGUCAGUCGAUAUUACCUCAAGUUGGGACUUUGGUAUUAGAAGACGCUCAAACACAGCUCAAAGAUUAGAACGACUCCGAAAAGAGAGACAAAACCAGAUCAAAUGCAAAAAUAUUCAGUGGAAAGAAAGAAAUUCUAAGCAAUCAGCCCAGGAGUUGAAGUCACUGUUUGAAAAAAAAUCCCUCAAAGAGAAACCUCCAAGUUCUGGAAAGCAGUCCAUACUAUCUGUCCGCCUGGAACAGUGCCCUCUGCAACUGAAUAAUCCUUUUAAUGAGUAUUCCAAAUUUGACGGCAAGGGUCAUGUAGGCACAACUGCAACCAAGAAGAUCGAUGUCUACCUCCCCCUGCACUCGAGCCAGGACAGACUGCUGCCAAUGACCGUGGUGACAAUGGCCAGCGCCAGGGUGCAGGACCUCAUUGGGCUCAUCUGUUGGCAGUAUACAAGCGAAGGACGGGAGCCGAAGCUCAAUGACAAUGUCAGUGCCUACUGUCUUCAUAUUGCUGAGGAUGAUGGGGAGGUGGACACUGAUUUCCCCCCGCUGGAUUCCAACGAGCCCAUUCAUAAGUUUGGCUUCAGUACUUUGGCCCUGGUUGAAAAGUAUUCAUCUCCUGGUCUGACAUCCAAAGAGUCGCUGUUUGUUCGAAUAAAUGCUGCUCAUGGAUUCUCCCUUAUCCAGGUGGACAACACAAAGGUCACCAUGAAGGAAAUCUUGCUAAAGGCAGUGAAGCGAAGAAAAGGAUCCCAGAAAAUUGCAGGCCCCCAGUACCGCCUGGAGAAGCAGAGCGAGCCCAACAUCGCCGUGGACCUGGAGAGCACGCUGGAGAGCCAGAGCGCGUGGGAGUUCUGCCUGGUCCGCGAGAACAGUUCAAGGGCAGAUGGAGUUUUUGAGGAGGAUUCACAAAUUGACAUAGCUACAGUACAGGAUAUGCUCAGCAGCCACCAUUACAAGUCAUUCAAAGUCAGCAUGAUCCACAGACUCCGAUUCACUACCGACGUGCAGUUAGGUAUCUCUGGAGACAAAGUCGAGAUAGACCCCGUUACGAAUCAGAAAGCCAGUACUAAGUUUUGGAUUAAGCAGAAACCCAUCUCAAUCGAUUCUGACCUGCUCUGUGCCUGUGACCUUGCUGAAGAAAAAAGCCCCAGUCACGCAAUAUUUAAACUCACAUAUCUAAGCAAUCACGACUAUAAACACCUCUACUUUGAAUCCGAUGCUGCUACCGUCAAUGAAAUUGUGCUCAAGGUUAACUACAUCCUGGAAUCACGAGCAAGCACUGCCCGGGCUGACUAUUUUGCUCAGAAACAAAGAAAACUGAACAGACGUACAAGCUUCAGCUUCCAGAAGGAGAAGAAAUCAGGGCAGCAGUGACACUGGCCUCCACCAUCAACCUGUCGUCACAGCUCAGAGCCCGCCUGCCAGGGCCAGGUGGCCUUAGAGCCCACCCUGCGUCCUGCAGUGCCCAGGGGAGCCAGCCCUGGGCUCAGAGCAGAGGGCUGGGGCGCCGUGGGGAAGACGUGCGGGUGGGGGCGCCUAGGCCGGUGUGCAGGGGACCUGACUCAGGACUGCAGUGGCUUUGAGUAGCGACCUGCAGGGGCCAGGCCACCCCCGAGGAGCUGCGGGCCACCUGGCCGUCUCCACUGCCCGAGGACCCUGCCCGAGGCUGUACAUAGCCACGCCGGACAUUUCCUUGCAAUUUGAUCCAAUUUCUUAAAGAACAAAAGUGUACAUUUCUUUUUCUUUCUUUCAUUUUAAUAAACAGGUGUACUCUUUA